AUGAAAUAUUAUUAUCAAUUUAAAGCUAUCAUUUCAGGAGCAAAAGCAGUCGGUAAAAAAACUAUCCUAAAAUUAUUGGAUUCUAAAACUGAUCUCAAAACAAUUUAAUUACAUGAUAAAAUGCAAGAAACACUCUUAAUCUAUGAAUUCUAAAAGGAUGAAUCUUACAUACCAGAUGCACUUUGCUUCUUAAUUGUAUGUGAUUAGUCAUCAUAAUCAAUUCAAUUUGCCAAAUCUAAGUAUAUUUUUUAUCUAUCUACAUAGAAUUCAAAUAAUACUUAAAUAACUGAAUUGUUCUUAUUAAUUUCUUGUACUCAUUAAUAACAAAUUAGAUUCCCAAUAACAUCUUUAAGAUGAAUUAGAAAGUUAUUGUGCAUAAAUUAAAUCAAUUUCAUUGCAACUAGUGCCAAAUUAGGAACUAAUAUCGUUCUCCUUCAAAAUCUUCUCAGAAUUAAAGCUUAAUUGAUUAUGAAAAAGUGUCAAAUCUUACCUUUCCCUCUAUAAUCCAAUAGAGAACUAGAAUCUGAAAGCAUCAAUCAUUAAAUUAAAUAAACUACACCUGAUAGAACAUUACCAUAAACACUUUUAUCUUCUCAAAAUAAAGAAAACUAAUCAGAUUACAAAAGUAUUAAGUGU